CUCCAUUUCUCGUAUUUGUCACACGACUUAAAGAGAAAACUCCUUUAAACAAUUAAUUCUCUUAUCUCUUUCUUCUACUAACUCGAUCAUGGGUGUUUUCACUUAUGAAAUGGAGGUUGCCACGGUGAUCCCUCCCGCAAGGAUGUUCCAGGCCUUCGUCCUUGAUUCGGACAACCUCAUUCCCAAGAUCCUGCCACAAGCUAUUAAGAGUGUUGAAACCCUGGAAGGAGAUGGAGGGGCUGGAACUGUCAAGCAAGUGAACUUUGGCGAAGGCAGCCAGUUCAAGACAGUGAAGAACAGGAUUGAUGGGAUUGACAAAGAGAAAUUCACGUACAGCUACACCGUGAUCGAGGGUGAUGCCCUGAUGAGCACACUCGAGAAAAUCUGUAAUGAGAUCAAAUUCCAGGCGUCACCUGAGGGCGGAUCCAUCUGCAAGAGCAGCAGCACUUACUAUACCAUCGGUGACAUUGAGAUCAAGGAUGAGGAAAUCAAGUCUGGCAAGGAAAAGGCCUUGGGAAUGUUCAAGGCUGUGGAAGCUCACCUCUUGGCAAAUCCUGAUGCCUACAAUUAGGCCAAACUCUAAUUAAUUUAUGCCCGUAAUGUCAUAUUGAAAUUGAUGUGUGUUUGUCUUAUUUUCCUUUUGAAUGAGAGCGGUCUUUGUAAUUUCUUUUGCCUUGUCGCCUUUGGCUGGGCUAAUAAGAGCUUUCAAGCUAAGUAAUUAAUGAAUUGUCUUGGUUUUCAAUACAAA